AUGCUGACAUGGCUAUGCCCACCCAGCAUCUUGCAACGCCAACAGCCCUCGCCAAUUCUGCUGUUCCUGCCCCCAGGGCCGCUAUCACCCGACGCGCCACUCGACCAGGACCCGAUUCUCCACCGGCUCCAGCAAGCUUCCAGCGCCACCGUGGUCGCCGUCAACUAUCGGCUGAGCCCCGAGCAUCAGUACCCCACCCCCGUCCACGAUGUGCUCACCGCAUACGACUGGGUGCUGGAGCACCUUGCCUCGCAGCCCCAGCACCGCACCCCCACCAGGCCGCACCUCGCCCGCAUCGGCGUCUGCGGCGAGCUCAUCGGCGGCAGCCUGGCCACCAUGCUCGCCCUGACCGAGUGCCAGAUGGCUUCCGAUCGCAUCGUGGCCGCUGCUGUGAACAACCCCGUCGCCGACUGGAUCUUCCCCUCGGACCUGCGGGAGCUGCACCAAGACGCCGACGCAGAAAAUGUCUCACUCGCUUUUGAUGAUCCUGCCAUUUCCACAGAGGGCGGGGGCCGCGCACGCGUCAAAAAUAAGCUCACCAAGACCCCUGUCGCUCAGCUUUCGUCCUGGGACGCUUAUGCUCACAGCCCCGCUCUCCCUGUUUCGGCAAUGGCGCACGCCCGCAACAUGCUUUUCCCCAACCAUGACGCCUAUUUUGACCGCUUCGCAUCUCCCGUCCACUUCUUCCGAACCCCAGGACUCGGCUAUUCGGUGCCCAUCAGGACUGAAGAUGAUUGGGCCUCCGAGACUCCCAGCGAAUUCAAUAUCAUGGACAGCAUCGAGCCUGUGAUAGAGGAAAGACGCAGGUCGCGCCGCAUCUAUCCGCCGACAGGGAGCGGACUGAGACUGCCGGUGCUCAGUGUCAGCGUUGGGGAAGAGUCGAUACUGUUGGAUCAGGGAAAAGAACUCGUGGAGCGGGUCAAGCGAAGUGUGAACAGGAACACGGGGAGCGAAGACGAGGGCGAGCGAAGGGUUGGCCUUAGACUAAGACCGGGCGCGGGGCUAUGGAGCGGUCCGUUCCGCGCACAGGACUGGCAUGAAGAAGUAGGGGCCAUUGGCGCUUGGUUCGGCAGGAUCCUGACGGCGUGA